AUUAUUUGUAUUCGACUCUUUUCCGUUAUAUUUAAACACUGGAACAUCACUUUCUCCCUCUCAAUCCAUCACUGCUCCAUUGGAAAGCUUCACUCAGAUCUGGCAUUUCUUUUGUCCAGUCAACAUACCCUUCAAGUGCUUGGAGUUGUAUUACUCUACAAACUAAACUACACUGAGACUUGACUAUGUUUUUGACAAGCAAUGUACACCAUGCUCCUCUGCAUGCGAGUGUGUCUUCUCUAUCCCAAUUGAACUCCCAAAGUGUCUUUUCUGUGAAGUAUGCUGUAAAGUUGUUGAAAAAGUUAGCUGAUGAUGGGAACUUCAAAUUGGGAAAAGUUGUCCAUGCACUUCUUAUUGUAUCUAAUCAUGCCUCAGAAGACCAAGUAAUUCAAAAUAAUUGUCUCAUUAAUCUCUACUCAAGGUGUGGACAACUUGCUAUUGCUCGGCACAUAUUCAACAGAUUGCAGCAACGAAAUAUAGUUUCUUGGAGCACUUUAAUGACAGGAUAUUUGCACAAUGGGUUUACUUGGGAAGUACCCAAAUUGUUGAAAGACAUGGUUUCAGUGGAUAAUUUAUUUCCAAAUGAGUAUGUCUUGUCUACUGUACUUUCUUCUUGUUCUAAUGGUGGUUUGCUACACGAAGGGCGGCAAUGUCAUGCAUUAGUGUUGAAAUCAGGAUUAGUGUUUCAUCAGUAUGUGAAGAAUGCUCUUCUAUCCUUGUAUACAAUGUCUUCAGAUAUGGAAGGGGUUCUGGAAAUCUUGAAGUCUGUUCCUGGAUCAAGCAACAUUACUGAUAAUGUUGUACUAAAGGGCUUCUUGGAUCAUGGGUAUACAAAUGAAGCAUUGGAUGUCUUCUCAAGGAUGUUGUCUGAGGGCUCAGUGGGGGACAAAAUCAGUUAUGUGAAUAUAUUUGGUCUUUGUGCUCGUCUCAAGGAUUUGAAAUUGGGUCAGCAAGUUCAUUGCAGAAUGUUGAAGUCAGGUCUUCAGCUUGAUGUGUUUUUAAGCAGUGCAGUCAUGGACAUGUACGGAAAGUGUGGUGAAAUUUCAGGUGCAAGAUAUAUCUUUUAUUCUUAUCCUGACCAUAAUGUGGUGUCUUGGACAACAAUCUUGGCUGCAAAUUUCCAAAAUGAGUGCUUUGAGGAAGCCCUGAAAAUGUUCUUACAAAUGGAACUUCAGGAUGUUGUGCCAAAUGAAUACACAUUUGCAGUAUUGUUGCAUUCUUGUGCGGGUCUAUCAGCACUUGGGUGCGGGAAAACAUUACAUGCACGUGUUGAGAAGACAGGACAUGGAACUUUUGUCGUAGUGGGGAAUGCUCUAAUUAAUAUGUAUGUUAGGAGUGGCCAUAUUGAAGCCGCUAGGGCCUUAUUUUCAAACAUGAUAUGUCGAGAUACUGUUACUUGGAAUUUGAUAAUAUCAGGUUUCUCUCAUCAUGGGCUUGGUGAGGACGCAUUGUAUAUGUUUCAGGACAUGUUAGCUGCCAAAGAGCAACCAAGCUAUGUAACCUUUAUUGGGGUUCUUUUGGCUUGUGGACAUUUGGGUAGGAUAGAAGAAGGAUUUUACUACUUACAGCAUCUAAUGAGGGACUUUGGCCUUGAACCUGGGUUGGAGCACUAUACCUGUGUUGUAGGGCUCCUAGGUAAAGCUGGGAAACUUGAUGAGGCUGAGAAGUUCAUGAGGUCGACGCCAAUCACAUGGGAUGUUAUUGCUUGGCGUACUUUGCUAAAUGCUUGUAACGUCCACCGCAAUUAUGGUUUAGGACAGAAAGUGGCAGACCAUUUGUUACAAUUGAACCCCAACGACGUGGGAACCUAUAUCUUGUUGUCCAAUAUGCAUGCCAAGGUGAAAAGGUGGGAUGGUGUAGCAAAGAUGCGGAAGUUAUUAAGAGAAAGGAACAUAAAGAAAGAACCAGGAUUGAGCUGGACUGAAAUACGAAAUGAAACUCAUAUGUUUGUUUCUGAUGACACUCAACACCCAGAAACAGCUCAAAUCCAUGAGAAGGUGAGAAAAUUGUUGGCUGAAAUAAAACCAUUGGGUUAUAUUCCAGACACGGCUUCUGUCUUGCAUGAUGUUGAGCAAGAACAACAAGAGGGUUAUCUUAGUUACCACAGCGAAAAGCUGGCUGUUGCAUAUGCUCUCAUGAAAACACCAUCCCAAGCACCAAUUCAUGUUAUUAAGAAUCUCAGGAUAUGCGAUGAUUGCCAUUCUGCUUUGAAGCUUAUCUCGAAGGUGACAAUGAGAGUGAUAGUUGUAAGAGAUGUCAAUCGAUUCCACAGUUUUCAAAAUGGGUCCUGUUCGUGUGCAGAUUAUUGGUGAAUCAUCACAUGAUUGACAAAUAGUUUCUUCCAAGGUGUCGAAGGAUAUUUUUCCCAAACUCACAUAAUCAUAUCUCAGCCAACCAGAAGCAGUGAGCUUAAAUAAAGCUUUCUUAACCAGCAAUCAUGUAAGUUUUCUGAAAUAGUCAUUCAUCAUAUAAUAAGUUUGUUUCUAGCUUCCAAAAUACUGACCCAUUUUUUCCGUAAUUGAGAAAUCCUCAAGGGCCAAUGGUCCACGGUUCAAAACCUGGUGGAGUAUCUACUUCAGUUUUUUGUCCUUCGUUAGUAUGUACUUCUUCAAUGUGUGUGAUCCUUUAAUCCCUCAAGUUCUAAUCUUUUGAAAAUCUCAUAAUGUUCAGAAAUCUGCCAGAGGUGAAAAGAUCCUAGGAGUACCAACUGUUAGUGCUCUAUUUGGAACAGAUCCAUUCUUGUGACAUACAACUCCUUUACAGCCAAAGCGUGGUGGAAUUUUAGAACAAAGAAUUCUCUACUAACUUCCUUUCUAAAUGCUAAAUAUUGUAAAAGGAUUCAUCCAGUGGCCAAAAAGAAGAACUACACUCAGUCUCAUCUAUGGAGAAGACUCAUGGACACUAGAAAAGAAUGUGAGAGGCAUAUCUUCUGGAAAAUUGGCAAAGGGGAUGUGUCUUUUUGGUGGGAUAAUUGGACCAACAAAGGUGCCUUAGCUAAUCUGAUUGAGCAAAGCAGCAGAUCUAAGAAGAUUCUUGUCUCUGACUUCAUCGUGCAUGACACUUGGAAUCUGGAUAAACUUAAUGAUUUGCUCCCUUCUUAUCUAGUUACACAUAUCCAAACCAUCAGCAUAUCUCCUCAAAAUGAAGAUUACCCUAUCUGGACACCUGAUCCAUCAGGCUCAUUUUCUUCCAAAUCUGCCUGGAAUGCUCUAAGAACUCAUAGAAUCACUGCUCUUACUCACACCAAGAUCUGGCAUAACAAGAUGCCCUUUAAGAUCUCAUUUAGUGUCUUGAGACUUCUCAAGGAUAAGCUGGCCAUUGACUCUCCUGGUUUAAGGUCCACGGACCUUCCAGAUGUUGUUGUUGUAACAAUAGUUCUAUUGAAACAAAUUAUCAUCUUUUAAUGAGGGAGAAGUGGCCAAGAGAGUGUGGAAAUACUUCUAUGAUGCGUGUGGAAUUCCUCAUAAAAAUUCCCUAAAUAUUAGAGCUAAAUUCAUGGCAUGGUGUCUCAUCAAGCCUCAAAACCAAGUACAUGAAAUCAUUCUUCAAUGUCUUCCUAGUUUUAUUACUUGGGAAAUCUGGAAAUUCAGAUGCUCUUAUAAAUAUGAUGGCAUCAGGUCGACUACUAACAGAGUGAUUGAUCAAAUCACCAUGCUGAUGCAGAGGACUCUUGCAGCUCAGUUUACCACCAUAAACUCCUCCCCUCCUUUUUCAAAUAUAUUUCAUGUUGUGGAAAGAAUCUGUCCUCAAUUAUCUAUCAUUCCAGUGAGGUGGAAAUGUCCUGAUAUCGGGAAAUAUUUGUUAGACAAUUGGCAUUUUUUUCAGCUUAUUAUUUUUACUGUUUUUUACUUAUUUCAGUUUAGUGCUUCCUAUUUUCUAGCUAGACUUAGUCAACUUUAGUUGCUCAACUUUCUGAAGUUAGUGGCCCCUUUAAUGGCUGUUAGUGGCCCCUUUUAUGGUUGUUAGUGGC